AUGACAGGGAAAUCGCAGUUGACAAAUCUACAGUGUUGCAAGAUACCAAAGAACAUUGGCAGUUGCAGUCUCGGCGGUAUGGGCCUCUCUGAACCUGUUUCAGUCCUGCGUCGAGGCAAAAGGAAGGUGAGACUGCUGGCAUCUAUGGGACUGCAGAUGAGAGACAUCCAGGUGCUGUGUCUGGUACUGAUGGUUGUGGCUGCACCGUUUCUUUGGUGUGCUGCUGCUGUGGCUGGUGGCAUGGUCCCCCGAACGAGAAUGGCCACGCCGGCAGCUGGAAAUGAAUCCUUGGUGAUACUCACGAACUGCUUUCCCAGCGUUAUACUCGGUGGUUUGCGCAACACGUACACCUGCGAAGUUAACAAUGCCCAACCACUGAUUGGCCUCAACCUCGUCGCCUCGUUCAGCCCAGUUCCCUUUUCUCAAUGGCCGGUGACUCUUGAGGCGGAAAGCAAUAAAAUGACAUUCACAGCUUCUCCUGAGAUUGCGCUCGAAAACCGUGGGGAAUUGGUCAUUGAAGAGCGUCGUGACAUUUUAAGUGGUGCCACUCCUGUGACGACCAGUGUGAGCAUGGACUUCAUGAUAUUUGGUGAUGCCAAAGCAAAUUUCAAUGGACUCCAUCCGUAUUACGGUAUGAGUGCAUCGUUUGCACCCAAUCUCCCGAGUGGCACCACGGCUUCCGACUACAUGCUGGUCCGCUCUUUCAAUGACUGCCGGUACACCACAACAACCUGCACCGACACUGUUGGGUGCUACAGAAUUGUGCCACCCGGACAUCUUCCCCCUCCAGACAACUACUGGCUCUGUGUGACGUCAAAUGGCUGGAAUGACAAAUACCUUCCGUGGGGUGUGAAUUCUCUUGAGGUGAAGCUGCUGUUUGCCACGCCGCCGUACUUGGCAGCUGGUAAAGACAAAAAUGUCGUGCUGCGGGAUGGGGAAUCUGUGGUCAGUAGGCCAGGGCGUGUGUUCCUGGCGUGGUGCCCUGGCAACGACUGCCCCAUUGUGACCACUGGCAGGUGGGCAGGUGUGCUGCACCGUGAUGCGUGUGUGAACCCGCCCGUCUCGUCGCGGGUGUACCUCUCCGACGAACAUGUGCUGUUUGCAGAAUCUGGCGUGUACGCUGUGUGUGCCGAGGGCGGUGAUGGAGGGUACACUGCUCCCACUGCGCUGCGGAUAACGGUGCUUCAGACACCCUUUGCCUUCAAGAUAACUGCUGACACGGACCGGAACACUGUUACGAUUAAUGUCAGCGGUGGUGACCUCGAUUGGCGCAGAGAGCCGUACACGGUGUGCGCUGUGCCGGAGAGUGACACGUGUUAUUCUUUGUCUGCCCCGAUUCUUAUGUGCGGGUCGAGUGAGUCCGCAGAUUCACCGUCCAUCUUUCUGAAUAUCACCGAAAGCGGAAUGCUUGUUAAGGAUGUGAGGUUCUGUUUCGUUACGUCCUUUUAUUUCAUCGGAGGAAGCAUCUACGGACAGAUGUUCGAUUUGUCAGAAGAGACGGAGGAGACGGGAGGGAAGGAAAAGAAAAAAUUGUCCGCUGGAGUCAUUGCCGGGAUUGUUAUUGCCGGCAUCGUUUUAUUGACUGUUGGGGUUGCCGUGUUCUACUUCUGCUACUGGCGACGAAGGCCGAGUGCGGGUAGGGGCGGCGAUUACCCUUCAGCCUCUGUGUUGGGGCAUCCGACGAAGAGGAGAAGCUACCCCGUGGGAAAUUCCCGUGUGACACCUCGUGAAGGUGAUGACGGGAACUCAAGGAGUAUCGGUGAGUAUCCUUCGCUGUUUUUGCCGUCAGAGGUGGAUAACCCCAUGUCCGAUAGGCAGACGGGGGAGAGUACAUUUCCCAACGUGGGGUCUACUGGGCCUCAGUAUCAUGAUGGCUAUUCAGACGCCAUGACGUCUACGAGUUUUGCGCCGCAUGGGAGUGGGUACACGUCACAAUCUUACGCGUGA